AAUUUUUUAUUAGCAUUACUUCUCAUCUCCUCCUCCUUCUCUCCUAUAUGUCCAUAACCUCCCCAUUCCCUUUUCUCCAUUACCGUCCUAUAUUUAGCAACUCUCUCUCUCUCUCUCUCUCUCUCUCUCUCUCUCUCUUGCUUGCCUGAAGAACAAAACCUUGAAACCGAAAAUAGGAUAGCCGUUACAUGCGUUGCGAAGUUCAAAAUUUCAUUCGGGUUUCGAAGUUACGAGACGAAGACAUUUUAUUUUAUUUUUUCUUCAUGAGUCUUUGAGCAUAUUCAAAAUAUAUUGGUUAAUCUGGUUGCUUUCUUUAAAUUCGAGGAUCAAGCAUAUUUUUAAGGUUGAAACGAUUUCAAUUCGGUGCCUUUAAUUCAGUUGGCACAGAAGAUCAAAAUUUUUUUUAAAAAAAAAAAAAAAAAAAAGGUGGUGGAGAAAUCAGUGGAAAUGGAUGGAUGAAUGAAUAUAAUGGCAAUGGAGUGGAAAUUGUGAUGGAUUUGGUCCAAUGAGAAAUUGCAAUGUGAGCUGAGUUUUGUGCUUUUUUUUGGGAAAUGGGUGCUAAAGAAGAUGGAGAAGGAAAUGGAGAUGGAAAUGAAGAUCGGCCUCAGUCUCCAGUUUGGGUUUUGCAGCAAAUAUCAGAGGAGGCAAUUAGAGUGGCUGGUGAAGCAUUGCAAAAUGUCUACUCGGGGAAUUCUAGCUUCCCACCUUUGGCCGCGGGGCAUAGACGAGCACGAAGUGAAAUAGGGACGACGGGACACAGGCGGAGUAAUAGUUUACAGAGAUUGAAAAGUCACGUGCAGAGAGCUUGGCGAUGGGGUAACAGUUCGAGGGAAGAUGGUGGGCGGUCGAGUUUCAAUCCUGAGAUAUUGGCAAACCAAAAACGGCAGUGGUAUCAGCUUCACCCCAAAGCUAUGGAUCAAAUGAAGUAUCAGGAUCCAACCUCACUCUUUGAACACUUUAUUGUCGCGGGGCUUCAUCCAGAUACUAAUCUGGAGAUUGUGGAGGAAACAUAUGCUAAAAGAAAGAAAUGGGAGUUGGAAAUGACGAAAUCUGAACUUGUAGAUUUUAAAAUGCUGCAGCAGCGAGGGCCUCCGCUUCCAAAAUUGGAACCUCAGAUACUUUUCAAAUACCCACCUGGGAAGAGGCUACCAAUGCGUAUGAAAGACUUAGCUGCUUUCUGUUUUCCUGAAGGAGUUAAGGCACAGUUGUUGGAGAGGACUCCGUCAUUAAGUGAUCUAAAUGAACUUGUUUAUGGACAGGAGCAUUUGGGUCGGGAUGAUUCAUCAUUUAUUUUCUCACUUAAGGUAGCAGACAAUGCAACACUUUACGGUGUUUGUUUACAUGUGCUGGAAAUUGUCCAGAGGGCUCCUGGUAUCUUAGGUGUCUCAUCACCUACUUCUCAUUCAUCUGGAGGUUUCAGCCGAUUUUUAGUUUCUGCACCUCGUUGUUACUGUGUGCUAACGAGAGUUCCUUUCUUUGAAUUACACUAUGAGAUGUUGAACAGUAUUAUUGCACAGGAGCGUCUGAAUCGGAUAACACAAUUUGUUAGUGAAAUGUCUCUCACUAAUUUUGUUCCCUCAAUUCCCAAAAUGCAUGAUCAAAUGCAUGACAGUGGUAGGUCCUCUGAGAGGGAGUCUUUUAGUGAUUGGAUGACUUCCGCAAUAACAGUUGACAGUGCUGCAACUCUCGCAGCUGCUGCUGCUGGAAUUAUAUCUGAUGAUGAGAUUCCUUCCCACUUACUGAAGAUUUGGGAAUCUCACUCUCCUGAAAGCAUUGCUCCUAGUGAGGCGUCAGAUUUUAGUCAAGUAAGGGAUAUAGAUAAGGAUGAUAGAAAACAUUUACAACAUUGUGAUGAUUAUGGCUCUGAGGCCUCUGGGAAUUGUACUCCGGAGAAGAGGAAUGGAAGCUAUGAAAAUGGCCAUGCUUCUCCAGAGGUUGGGACAUCUUUCUCCUCUAGAACACUCACAUUGGAGCAUCGUGGGAGUUCUGAACCCAUCUUCAGUCCAGCCAGAAGCAUAGCAUCAGAGGAUGAUGAUGAUGACCUUUUUUUAAAUGGUGAAAAAGAUUUUGGGGAUGACUUCAUCAUGGAAUGGGCUAAGGAGAAUAAAAACGACUUGUUACAGAUCGUUUGUGGAUAUCAUGCUUUGCCUCUUCCUCGACAAGGAAGCGAAUUAGUUUUUCAACCUCUUGAACAUUUACAGUCUAUCGAAUACAGGCGACCUCCAAUCUCUGUUCUUGGACUUUAUGCUAAAUAUUCAGAUUCAUUUGAGCUACCUGAGAAAAUCAAUGCUAGGUUGGCUGCUGCUGAGGAAGCUCUUGCAUUAUCGAUUUGGACAACGGCAACUAUUUGCCGGGUUCUCUCCCUUGAAAGUGUUUUGGCAUUGGUUGCGGGAGUGUUACUGGAAAAACAGGUGGUAAUAUUGUGCCCAAAUCUGGGUGUGCUAUCAGCUACUGUAUUAUCUUUUAUUCCUAUGAUUGUUCCAUUUCAAUGGCAGAGCUUAAUGCUUCCUGUACUACCUGGACGGAUGCUUGAUUUUCUUGAUGCCCCAGUUCCCUUUAUUGUUGGACUGCAACAUAAACCUGCAGAUUUGAAGAUUAAAACUUCUAAUCUUGUUCUUGCCAAUGUGACCAAGGACCAGGUGAAAAUGUGUCACUUGCCAACACUUCCACGAUAUAAGGAGCUUGUCUCUAAGCUAUCGCCCAUCCAUGAUAGAUUGUCACAUGAAAGUUCCAUUGCUACGAGGCAUCCUGUAUAUAGGUGUAACGAAAUGCAGGCUGAUGCUGCAGCCCAGUUUCUAAAAGUCAUGAGGUGGUACUUGGAGUCACUUUGUGCAGAUCUAAGGCUUCAUACAAUAACAAGUGUACAAUCUAACAAUGACAGGGUUUCUUUACUUCUCAAAGAUAGCUUUAUUGAUUCCUUUUCUAGUAGGGACCGGCCAUUUAUCAAGCUUUUUGUGGAUACUCAAAUGUUCACCGUUCUCUCGGACAACCGUUUGUCAAGCUUUGAGGAUGGGAAUUCAUAAUUUGAUCCAAGCUGUGAAGUUGCAGAUGAAUCUAGCUUGAGUUACAUGGUAGUGGCUUAUGUUGUUGGUGAUGGAAUUGUCAACAAAGUUUUUGUCAAGCGAAUGGUUUUGGAGCUGUUAACUAUGAACAGCUGUGCAGCUAAGGCUUGCGCAACAGUUUUGUAACAUAAUGCUAUAGUCACAAUUACUAAUUUCCUUGUACUGCCCGCACAAAGGAUCAUGAUCCCAAUCUUUAUAAUGGGGAAUUAUGAUAAUUGGGCCUGUCAAAAAUCUUGUUUGAAAGUUUUGUAAAUGUCGAUAACUUAAUAAACAUUCUAUGAAAAGUUCUCUUUCUGAUCA